AUCGCAGUACUAUUGUUCACCACAGGGGGGCAGACGAAGCACAAACCGGAAGCAGGAAAUGGAGUCAACGUCGACGUGCGAAAUUCAAACUCGGUAACAAACUUCCCUGCCAGAGGGCUUUUCUCUUUGGCAUAUGGUUGUUAGCUGAUUUUACCUUAUUCGUCUGCAGUUUUCAUAAAAAAACAGCAGGGAGGAUGCCUGUGGAAAGGACGGAGCACCGCGGUGCCGACGAGCUUUACAGAUACUAUGAGGUUUAUGAGACUAUCGGCUCAGGAGGCUUCGCUAAAGUCAAACUGGGGCGGCACAUCCUGACAGGAGAGAAGGUUGCUAUUAAAAUCAUGAACAAAAGGGAUCUGGGGGACGACCUGCCCCGUGUGAAGGUGGAGAUUGAGGCAAUGAAGAACCUGAGUCAUCAGCACAUUUGUCGUCUCUACCACGUCAUAGAGACCUCCACCCAGAUCUUCAUGGUGCUGGAGUACUGUACUGGAGGUGAGUUGUUUGACUACAUCAUAGCCAAGGACCGUCUGUCAGAGGAGGAGACCAGGGUGUUUUUCAGACAGAUUGUGUCUGCGAUGGCCUACGUUCACAGUCAGGGAUAUGCACACAGGGACCUCAAACCGGAGAAUUUGUUGAUUGAUGAAGACCACAACUUGAAGCUCAUAGACUUUGGAUUGUGUGCCAAACCCAAGGGAGGCCUGAGUUAUGAGCUGAUGACGUGUUGUGGGAGCCCUGCGUAUGCUGCUCCUGAACUCAUCCAGGGAAAAGCAUAUAUUGGUUCAGAGGCUGAUGUGUGGAGUAUGGGAGUUCUGCUCUUUGCUCUGCUCUGUGGAUACCUGCCCUUUGAUGACGACAACUGCAUGGUGCUCUACAGAAAGAUUACAAGAGGUAAAUAUGAUAACCCUCGGUGGCUGUCUCCAGGUAGCAUCCUCCUCCUCAACCAGAUGAUGCAGGUGGACCCCAAGCGGCGUCUUACUGUUAGACAGCUGCUGGACCAUCCUUGGGUGAUGAAAGACUACAACAGCCCUGUGGAGUGGCACAGCAGGCACCCGCUUGGCCACAUAGAUGUGGACUGUAUCACCGAGAUGGCUGUCAGCAUGAAGCGAUCGAGGGAGAGCGUCACAGCGCAGGUUAAGGAGUGGCAGUAUGAUCAGACCACAGCCACCUACCUGCUGCUGCUGUCAAAGAAGCAGAGGGGCAAACCUGUCCGUCUGCGCCCUGAACCAACAGUCUGUGAAGAUUCCUGCUCUCCACUGCGCCAGGGAAUGCAGACAAGGGACGCGCUUCACUUCAGUGAGGAUGAGGAUGCUGUGAUUGUGGGUUCUCUGGACUUGUGCUCAGACUACAUUGAUGAUUGCCCGUGGGUUUCAGUCACACAAUAUACCCCGCAAGGGGUCAGAGGUCAACCAGAUGGCUCUUCGAACAACAAAGACAUGAGACUAGCUUCUCCUUCAGUGGAGAAAAGAUGUGCUUACACACCGACCCCAGACAGGGGGAGAGCGACGACACAGCACCGCCAGGAGAAGAGGGACAGAGACCAAGAACGAACCAGCGAGAACAAGGAGAACAUUGCUGUGCAGGACAAGGAUGUUGACAUAUUUGCACUGCCUCCUCCUCGAACUCCUGUGUCCACCAAGAAGAACGUACGGCCCAACAAGAAUGUGCUGACAACACCCAAUCAAAACAUCCAUGGCAAUAAAACCAAUGCAGUCACACCUAAAGGUGGAGGCAGUGCCUCUAAAGAACACAAUAAGAAGAGGGCAGCAGAGAACAAGGAGCUUCCAAAUAUUGAAAUACUCGCUUUCAGUCCUGAGCGAAGGUCUCGGUCUCUGGAUAUGGCCGUUAUGGGAGACAGCGGGAAGAAGAAGAGAGGAGGAAAGAUGUUCGGGUCCCUGGAGAGAGGCCUGGAUAAGAUGAUCACCAUGCUGACUCCCAGCAAGAGACGAGCCCUGCGCGACGGCCCGCGCAAGAUCAAGGCGCAGUACAAUGUUACUCUGACCAGCCAAACCAACCCGGAGCAGGUUCUCAACCAGAUCCUGUCCAUCCUGUCGGAGAAGAACAUCGAGUUUACACAGAAAGGGUACACCCUGAAGUGUCAGACACAGGGUGACUUUGGGAAGGUUACCAUGGCGUUUGAACUGGAAGUGUGCUUGCUACAGAGGCCAGAGGUUGUUGGGGUCCGCCGCCAGAGGCUGAAGGGAGACGCCUGGGUCUAUAAGCACCUGGUGGAAGACAUCCUCUCCACAUCCAGUAUCUAAACAAUGCACUUUCCUGGCAACAUCACUUCCUGUUCCUGUAAAUAAACACCAACAUGAUGCUAUGUCCAGCGGUGGCGUGUGAUUGACUAUUGGCUGAUAUAGAUUCAGACAUGGGGUGGUUUCUUAGCACAUUAAUGAUCAGUCCUUCAUUGUUUGUAGUGAAUAUUUAAAAUUGUCCAUAGGUCAGCUUAAAAUCCCCAGAGUUCAUCUUACUUGAAAUUCAUGUGCAUUGCAUGUCAAGAUUCUGUACAUCGUAUCCUAUUUUAUAUCGAAUAUUGUGUUACUUCCCCUCUUCAUAAGCACAGUUGGAUCUUUGUCAGUCCCCUUGAGAUGAAUAUGUGUAUGUAUGAAAUGUAACAACUAUUUACAGCAUACCUUCUGGCUACUUAUUACCAUAUUUAUGUCUACAUGUUGUUAUUCUCCCCUGUAGGGGCUAAACUUGAUUGAAUAACGCAAAGAAGCAAACCAUUACUAAUUUACUGUCAUUGUUUUUUUAAUGUAUAUGUGCUUAUAAUGCUUCCAUCAUGAGGUUUUUCCGUGAUUGUCUUGUAUGAAGUGUCUGCUUUUAUCUCUUAUCGGUGCUUCUUGUCUAAUUUUAAACUCACAUUGUGUUUGUAUGAUUUGACAUGUAAAAGCAGCAAAAUAAAUGGUUUCUGGUAAAUGUAA